AUGAAACCGAACCCACCACUCGCCAGAACUUUAUCGCAAGACUAUAUAAUUGCUGGCCCUGAUCCCGAAAGGAAUCCCGAUGCGUUGAGCACCUUGCUCUUCUUUCUGCACGUGAAUAUCGUCAUAAAAACUCGGAUUGCCAAGGUGACGCCAAGUAUUAGAUUGAACACGGGACGACGUUAUUCUCUGCACACACGAAACGAAAGAGAGCAGGGAAUAGAUAGAUUCUCCUCUCCAGUCUCCCGAAACCUCACAGUGCCCGGUGGAGAAGGAAACGUUGCUCAACGCGGGAUAGCUAGGGCGAUAGCUGAUUGCCGAGCCACCACGGCUCUAAACCCGGAGUCCAUAGUUCAUAGUAAUAAUGUCCAUGACCAAGUGCCAAAGGGGUAG